UAUUAUUAAGGUAUUCUUCUUCUUCUUUGCAACUGUAGUCUAGAUAGUGAAUAUAACCAACAUCUUUAACCCCCUGAGCUGUAGCUCACAACACCUAAUGAACUCCGUGAUUGCUAUCCUCUGUCAACUGCAGCUCAUCUUCUACAACCUGGCUGCCGAUCUUCUGGUGUUGACAGCGCACAGCACGAUUGCUAGUACUAGAAGGGGAAAAUGCAUCGGGAAACGCAACAGUCAUGAGGAUUGCACCGAUAGCCACCAUACUGGAAUCCCCGAGUUAGACCAAAGCAUAAAAAAAAGAAGCCUUACUUGUUGGAGCGACUUACGUCCCGUCAAGAACCAUGAACUGGACCUCGUCUUGCAUCAUCGGGUUUCCUCAUCCGCCUGCCAUUUGAGGGAGUCUGAUCGGUGUUGGACUGGAGUUAGUGACGGCCAAGGCGCCGAGAGACGCACCGGUAUAUACAGCGAAUCAAGAUGGCCACAAAAGCCACGGUCUGGCAGGCUACGAAAGCUUCCUCGUAAAGUCAAUAGCCAGAACCCCACAAACCGCCAUCGUCGCGGCCUGAAAAGCAAUGCCCGCAAUCAUAAUAUCCGUCCCCGUCCGAACCGUGCUUUCCGAUCCCUUCCCGUUCGCCGCGGUAGCCUGGAAACCUUCACCGGCCAACUACGUGACGAACCCGAUCGCAUCGCAAAUGAUAAAUUCACAGAACGGCUCCCAGCUGGAUUGCAUCCUCGUGUACGGGCUCUGCGAGUGGACAUGGGACACGGACGCACAAACGGACCCCAGCGGACCUUUUACUUGACUACGGGGCGAAAGGAGGUUAAUCAACGAAUACCAUAAAUCCAUGCUAUAGGACACAAACGCUCGAGCGGUAAUAACAAUCCGCACUUUCCAACCCUACAACACCGGAUCUGGCCCAUCGGUUCAGGCCGUGAGACUCACCAUCUGCCCCCAAUAAGGACUGUCCGAUUCCCACGCCUUCCGAAUCGCAUGCUCAAAGAUCCACAGACCCACGUCACAGCGACAGAUGGCAUAGCCGAUGGCUGGUUUCGUGUCGCUGCCGAUCUUGAGCUUGGCGAGACCGUCGCCGUCGCCGUCCACCAAGAAGGAGGGCCGGAUGAUCAGAUAGUUGUCAAUCGCCCGCUCGGCCACCGGCUUCUGCACUUCAGCCACAAUCUGA